GUUCUGCCUCAUUUUCGCGUGAGAUACCAGCCAACGAUGAGACGUGGUGCGUUGUGACAGUUUUACAGUCGAGACUCGGAUCAUCAGCAACCUUUCGGAGUGUAGUUAAGAGAAUAGCAAAAUUGUACUCGAACGCGUAUCAACAUCGAACGCGAUCCUUUGGCCAGAAGGCAAAAAUUCAAAAGCGGAACCCACAGGAAACAUGUCGAAACUAACGAGAAUAAUAACGGCGUCCAUGAUCCUUGCGGUAAUAGGAUGCGCAUUGGCGAAACCCCAGAACCAGUAUUCGCAGAACAACUACAACAGGAAUACUGGGAACUUUAACCGCAAUACUGGACAGCGUCUCACUAAUCAGCAACAACAGCAACAACAGCAACAACAGCAGCAGCAGCAGCAACAGCAGCAUCAUCAGUCGCAACAGCAUUUCGGACACCAACGUCAGGCCCAGGCACUUAGGACGCCCCUUCUUCCACCACCUAAUCCGAACCAAUUCAGCCAAAGACUCCAGCAACAACCCUUCGCCAACCCGAUUCGACCGUUCGUACCGAUCACUUCGUACAGUAACGACGUCUCGUACGACGGUUCCUACUCCUAUGCCUACACCACCGGCGACGGUCAGCAGCAGCAGGCGCAGGGCUACCUGAAAAAUGCUGGCCUCAAGGACCUGGAGGCCCAAUCGGUGCAGGGCUCGUACUCCUAUACCUCCCCCGAGGGACAGCUCAUCACGGUGACCUACAUUGCGGAUGAGAACGGAUUCCGUGCCGAAGGAGCCCAUCUUCCGACGCCACCACCAAUCCCGGAGGCGAUCCAGAAAUCGCUCGCACUCAUCGCCCAAACGCAACCGGUGUCGGCACAGUUUAAUGCCGCCUACAACCAGCCACGCUUCCAGACGGGGAAUCUGGCAUCGGCCAGUGGACAGAACUACAAUCGAUACGGUUAACGAUCGACGGUGAACCCCACGUAUGAAGCCCCGGAUUGGACAUUACAGGUAAACAAGACAUUAUGUCGCCGCCUAACUUAUGCUCGCACCGACCUUGAAACCGACCACAUUGGCCAGUGAAGCAGACACAGUAUCCAAGCAUGGAAACCGAUGCAACCGACCGAGCGCCAAGCAAACAAUAGAGAAAAAUACCGCCACAUACCAACCAUUGGUUUGGUUUGGCGUGUUUCUUAACCCAGCAUAGAUGCGCCCACAACGAAGCGAAGGGAGGUGAAACACACAAUCGAACAGAACAAAACAUAUGCAUCCGCUUAAUUUCCGUCGUAAACGGUUCCGUCCAUCCAAGACGUGUUUACACGUUUUACGCAAUCGCGGCUUACACUUCUCAGCAUAUCCGGCAAAAGGGGAGGAUGCGCAACCGAUCCAUUGAAUCGUAAAGUACACGCCGAUGACUACGCGCGAUACGGCGCGAUCUUACGGGUUGUAAAUCUCUCCUCACUGUCACUUCCCUCCGCGGGCAUGCAAUACCCGGCAUGCAGUUCGCUAAAAUGUGCAAUUAAUAUGCAAAUUGAUUUGGAUCGGACCUUUCGGACGAAAAAAGAUACAAACACUCGGGGUCCCUCGUUCGCGGGGGGGGAACGCGGGUAAAAACAAUGUAAACUGUUUGUUCUAUGCGAUCGAUAGCGUUAGCGUUUGGAAGGGCUUCGCAAGCGUUUUCCCAUGUUGCGUUGACACAUUGUAAUUACAUUUUACAAGCAACUCAUCAGCUAUAAACCGAUGACCGAUGGAAACCCACUGUGAACAAGCGAACAAUCUAGUAUCUGCUAAUUUGAUCUUCUUUCUACAGAAGCUUGAGUGCGAUAGCAUUGGCAUCAAAGUUAUUUGCAGUCAGGCGGAUCAAUUGGAGCAUACAAAUGGUACCAGACGCUCUUCGAAAUAAUUACCGAAUUUGAAACAGCUACUUUCUAUUGCCAACAUCAUUCUAACCUGCCCUGUCGACAAUAUUUCCUCCCAUUCUUACAACUGUUUCUGUAUCGA